ACACUAAAGGGGUAGCUAUGGAGAUGGAGCGUUUUCCUGGCUGCCUUCUUUGACAGGUGUUGAGUGGGGCAAAAGUCUUAAAACAGAAUCCAGCAUGUACGCCAAAGGUAAAGGAGCUGUCGUCCCUUCCGAUAGCCAAGCGAGAGAAAAGUUAGCUUUAUAUGUGUAUGAGUAUUUGCUGCAUGUUGGCGCACAGAAAUCAGCACAGACCUUCCUGUCAGAGAUCCGAUGGGAGAAGAACAUCACACUUGGGGAACCUCCAGGAUUUUUACACUCAUGGUGGUGUGUAUUCUGGGAUCUGUACUGCGCUGCCCCCGACCGGAGGGAGACGUGCGAACAUUCCAGCGAGGCCAAGGCUUUCCAUGACUAUAGUGCAGCCGCUGCCCCCAGUCCAGUGAUGGGCAACAUGCCACCCAAUGAUGGCAUGCCAGGGGGACCCAUGCCCCCAGGAUUCUUUCAAGGUCCACCAGGAUCUCAGCCGUCCCCUCACACGCAGCCUCCCCCACACAACCCCAGUAAUCCCAUGAUGGGACCUCACGGACAGCCAUUCAUGUCCCCACGGUAUCCAGGUGGCCCAAGGCCCGCCCUUCGAAUGCCAAAUCAGCCUCCUGGGAGCAUCCCCGGGUCACAGCCUCUCCUGCCAAACAGCCUGGACCCCACCAGGGCUCAAGGACAUCCAAACAUGGGAGGUCCAAUGAGAAUGAAUCCCCCCAGAGGCAUGGGAGGCAUGGGUCCACAGAACUACGGCGGAGGAAUGAGGCCUCCUCCAAACUCCAUGGGUCCAGGGAUGCCUGGCAUGAACAUGGGUCCUGGUGGAAGAGGUCCAUGGCCAAACCCUAACUCAAAUUCAAUAGCGUAUUCGUCUUCAUCUCCAGGCAACUAUGUGGGUCCUCCAGGGGGAGGCGGCCCGCCAGGAACUCCCAUCAUGCCUAGCCCCGGAGAUUCAACAAACUCAAGUGAAAACAUCUACACAAUGAUGAACCCCAUUGGCCCUGGUGGAAAUAGACCUAAUUUUCCAAUGGGACCAGGUCCUGACGGGCCAAUGGGUGGAAUGGGAGCGAUGGAGCAGCAUCAUAUGAACGGGUCUCUAGGCUCUGGUGACAUGGAUGGGUUGCCAAAGAAUUCUCCCAACAACAUGGGGGGUAUGAACAAUCCCCCCGGCACCCCACGAGAUGACGGCGAGAUGGCAGGCAACUUUUUAAACCCAUUCCAAAGUGAAAGUUAUUCACCCAACAUGACGAUGAGUGUGUGAUUUUUUUUUUAUUUUAUAUUUUUAUUUUAUUUCUUUUCAUCUCCCCUUAUCCCAUUCUCCCUCUCCCAACCCACCCCGGUGCGUCUUGCAUUACCCUCUAUCCUCCAUCCCACAUUCUCCCCCCCACCUCCUUGUGGAUGGUGUGCUGUGCCGCACAGCCCCUGAGGAUACCCAUGGAAAGCAGGACUCCCCUCAAGGCCCCUCAUCCCAACGCCUGUAAAAUGGGUGUGAGAGCAUGAAACGGCCUCCAAGCAACACGAAGAGGCUCCGUGCCGGUCCUCCUCGCCUGCCAGGCCCUGACAGGGGCCCUCGGACAGUGACAGCUCAACCUGUCUCCCAAAUUCAAAGUCUGCCCCUGUGGGUGACAUCUCAGCCCAAUCAAGAUGUCCUUCUGCAUCAACCACUCCAUCACAUCAUGGUGAGGGCAAGUUGACUGAUGAGGGGGAAGGGCAUCAACCUUCUUUCAAAAGCUCCUGUGGCAGGAAUUCUAUAUGUAUAUGUAUAUUAACAUAUAUACAUAUAUAUAUAUAUACGUAUAUAUGUAAACAAUCAUAUGAACUGAUGAUGUUAUGUUAGGGCAAGUAUGGUUUUCAUUAAAUAUUUGUAUUUGUUUUAUGUUGCUGAUGAUGAUAUAUUGUUAUCAUUUUCAUAAUUGAUAUUAUUCAACUAUUGUAGUUAUGAUUUUCUGUAAAGGGCACAUUUUAUCGCAGCAGCAGCAGCAGCAGCGGCGUCAACAGAGACAGAAUGAGCACACGCUCAAGACAAUGCACAAUGAUUUUCUGUUUACAUGACUUUAGGUUGUUUGUCGUUUGUUUGUGUUACAGCCUCAUUUCACGCACCCCUCGCAGCUCGCAUCUUUGCCCUCUACGUGUUUUUGUAGCACCAUUUCCGCAACUUUCAAAUCAAACUUUGGAAGAAUUCAUAUAUAUUCCCCUGAGCGUGUAGUUUGUGCCCAGGUUUAAGCACCUUGCUGUUUCCUGGUACGAGGUGUCGAGGUGUUGAUGCACGUCCAGCUGUCUUCAUAAGCAUGUUUUGUUUAUCUGCUCUUACACUGAUGAAAUCAUGAGAUCAUCGUCAGGUUCUGGACAGAUUUGUGUCCUCUCUGGAUUUGGUCUUGUUCGUACAACAUACUUACAGCAGCUUGUAAUGGGAUUGUUUUGUUGUUUUUAUCAUCAUUUACAACAUUGUCUGUAGAUUUGGAAAAUGUGGUCCCUUCCCCUUCAUCACUUUGUUUGGUUUCAGCUUUGUUGUGGACUCCUCUGUGGCACUGUUCUCUUCCCAGCCUGGUCUGUCCUCUGUGUCUCCUAUAUUUUUUGAACUUUAGAAGACUGUGGGACAUCCAAUACACUUGUGAAGUUGAUCCUUUAUGAUACACUUUCUCAACCCAGGCCAGUCAGGUUAACAAACUGUGUUCUUGGAAUUCCCAUUGACCAGCUCCCACAGCAAGUCCCUUAUGUGUGGGAUUAAGGAUCCAGGGUAUUGAACGGCUGUAGUAGCACUGAUGAUGGAGCAUUGUGGUGUACCUCGGGGUUAACUAACCAUGCAGCCACGUCAGUGUAAAGACAAGGAACAGAUACUUUCAGAAUGGAUUUCUGUUUUUGUGGAUUGUUUUCAUUUUUAAAUGUAUUCAACAGAGGAAAAAAAAAAUAAGAAUCAAAGCCCAUGAAAUCUACACAGCAUAUUACACUAUUUAAUUUGAUUUCUUCUCUGUAUGUUAUGUACUCUUGUCCUGAUUAACUCACAGUUUCAUAGAGGUAAACUGUUCUUAAUGGCGUCACAUUGCAGCACAUGUGUCAUGUUCAAACCAACAAUAACAACCAUUGUAGCCUCUAUGGGUGAUUGUGAUGUAUGUCACAAAUCCCUGCUAUUAGUGUGAAGAGAUUACCCAGAGUUUGACUGGAACAUCUCCAGGAUUUAGCUGUCAAUGGCCUGGGAUGUCAACGUAGUGACAUACAACUCCCUUUGUUCCUUUAAUCCCAUCCUACACAGCCCAAAACCUCUCCCCUAUUCUCUUUAAUUUCCUUUUUUUGUGUGUGUGUAAAUACUGUAUAAUGCAUUUUGAUAUCAUUGACAUGUUUUGAUAUGUCAGUCACUACCAAUGAAUACAGCUGAAAGUAAAUUAUAAAUAAAAUUGACCAUGUUUUUCAUAGAGAGAGGAUGUGCUGACUAUGUGGCUCACGUUGCAAAAUUUCUGUGAAAAUGUAUAGAUCACAGUGACACAAUAAAUGCAGACUGUAUGCUAGAGACUUGUUUGGUGGGGAGGAUAGGACAGAGAGAGGACAGGACACAGAGAGAAGCAAAUGAGCUGUGGCGUCCUCACUCUGCCCUUGUUCUCCAUAUGCUUCAGUUUAAUGCGACUAUUGGCUGUGAAUAAUCUGUGUCUGAUUUGUUUUUCUAAAGGGCAUCUUCUCACAAAAAACAUGUGACCUCAUAUUGCAGUUUUUAAUAUGAAGGAUUUUUAUCAAUUUAAGAACUUUUAAACAGGGAAAAAAAAUACUUAAGAGAACUUCAUAUUAAAUUAAGAUGAAAUGAAAAAGUAAUACUUAUGGGGGAGGGGAAACUGUGUCAUUUGCUAUUUGCUCCUGUGACAUCUUUGUAUAGAUUGAAGCUCUCUCACUGAUCCUCUCUCAGUCCUCUGUGUAUAUCGAUUGUUGACCAUCUCUGUACUUCUAUUGUGAUGUAUAAUACUGUACCAUUAGGAAGAUUUGCUGGUGGGGUGGUUAUGUUGAGUCGGGUGGGUUGGGGGAUUCAAGGGAAGGGUAUAUAAAUGAUUCUCAUGUACCGUUCAUGGUCCUUUCUGAUGACACGGCAGUAUUCAAUAUGAAGCAGUCUGUCUCUUAGGUUUGCUUUGUAUUUUCAUGGUAGGAUAGUCCAGAAUCUUGUCUUAGGGACUUAGGUGUCUUGUGUAGUUAAUAAAGAUGUUCUUUGUAUGUUUCUUUAUAUUGUAAAGUUUCUUUAGACUGAAAGAAAACCAGAUAAUUUGCUUAUCUAAAAAGAAACAAUGCAUCAAUAAUAAAUGUCAUUUGAUUUUU